AUGUUUAAAGGUUUCAAAAAAUCAACAUCAAAUAGUUCUCAAGAGUCUCAAAAAAUAUAAGAGUCAAAUUCUUCAAAUGCAGAAAAAAUAAUGAGAUAAUUAGAAUAAAAAAAAAGUGACUUGGAAAAUAUUAUCGAAAAAUAUUGUGAAAAACUUGAGUAGCUGGAUAAAUAAUGCAAAAGAUAUAUUUCUGAUGGUAAAAAAUGUGCUGCAAAAGGAUGCAUCAUGGAAAUGUAAACUCUCAAAUAAUAAAUCUCAAUGUAUCAUAAAAAAAUAAAUAUCAUAAUCCAAAUGAAGAUUAAGAUAGAAACGAUAAGUUAGGAUCAAGAUUUAGGUAAUCUGAUGGAAUAGGCAACAGGUUUGUUUAGAAAUUCAUAAGAUGUAAACGAUUAACUAACUGAAAGUCUAUAAACUUGGUAAGAGUUCUUAGAAUCUUAAAAAGAAAGAGAUAAUAUAUUCAAAGAAAUGGAGAAUAAGUUUGUUGAUAAUUAAGAAAUAGAAGAUACCUUAAAUUAAUAUGAGUAAGAAAUUUAGUCAGAAAAAUUAAAGCAAAAGCUAGACGCUGUUCCAAGCGAAAAGAUUUAACCAUUACAAAAUUGUCAACUUAAUAGGCAAAUGCAAGCGACGAAUGCAAAAGUGGAUUUGCUCUUGAAUUGA